AUGGCCGCUAUCGGAGCAGUUGCUACUCUUGGCACCGCCAUUGGCAAUGUCGGCACCUUCUUGGGACUCGUUUCAUCGGGUAUCGGAAUCAUGCAGGCCAUCACCCAGAAGCCCAAGGAGGUAGACUACUACACUCUCCGCAUGGAGAUCGGAGACAACCAGGAUGCCGCUGGCAACCCUCCGACCGUCAUCUUCUCCGACUUCUCCAACACCGAGUUUGUUGGCGUCUACGAGGGCAACAGCAAGGAGUCCAAAGACCAAUGCCGUAACUUGGGCGGUUUGGACCUAUACGAUGGCCUAAAGAACGCCGAGGCACCUAUCCAGAGUUUCAAGACAAACAACGGCUUCAACCUCAAGUCUCUUGACAUCCAGCCCGGCGGCAAUGCCAUCUGUGUCUCCAACAUCAUUCUCAAGGGCAGCGACACCCAGGCCAGGCGCGACGAGGUCUUCAUUCCCAUUGGCGAUUUGGGCUUCCAGUGCGGACAUGAGUGGAACUGGGGUGCCGUUCUGAACGGUGUCCGCCAGCGCUGCGUCUGGCUCGACGGCCAACCUGACGGCGCCAACAAGCCCAUCCAGUCGCUUCACCUUGACAUGGAGAACCUCGCCGGCAUUUUCAACAAGGGCAAGAACGAUUCUCUGGCCAAGACCACCUUCCAGCAAGCUUGCGGUUUCAUCAGUGACAACGUCGGCAAGAUUACCAACAAGAAUGACUGCAAGGAGUCUUACGCUGCGAAACGCUCCUUUUCCCACAAGAACGAGACCAUCGACACUGUUCCUUGCGUCGAGGAAGCCGCAGACUUUUUCAAGGAGAAGGGUGGAGAACUCGCCAAGUUCGCCGGUGCUCCCUUCAUCACUUCUGACAACAAGCUUUGGGACUCUGCCAAGGGCGCUUUCACUGAUGUCACCCCCAAGACUUCCAGCAAGCGUUCCGGACUCCAGGCCCGCCGCAACUCCGACCGCAGUGCCCGCGUUGCUGAGAAGAGAGGCAUGGCUUCAACUCUGAAGGGCGAGCGCUGCGAGUACGACGCCACUGGCAACGCCCCCAAGUGCCAGAUCGUGAAGGAGUUCUCCAUUGGUGCUUGA